UUUGCAUUUCUGGCUUGUAGGGCGAAACGUCAGUGCCUGUGCCCCUCUCCCCGCCGCCGCCGCCGCCGCCGCCCGCCCCGACGGGAGCAGAGCGCCGCCGCCGUUUACCCCGCCCACGAUCAGCUUAACUAGCCGACAUGGUUAUCCCUGCACCAGCUAGGGCGCCUGCAAUCACCAAGUUCCUGAAGCCCUAUGUUCUGAAGAUGCACUUCACAAACAACUUUGUGACGGCCCAGGUCAUCCACACCCCAUCGGCGACCAUCGCAUGCGCAGCGAGCUCACAGGAGAAGAUCCUGAGGCCAAGCAUGGAGUCGACGCGGGAUGUGGCUGCGGCGGCCAAGAUCGGGAAGCUGCUUGGCGAGCGCCUGCUGUUCAGGGGCAUCCCCGCGGUGUCCGUCUCCAUGUCGAGAGACCAGACGUACCACGGCAAGGUCAAGGCCGUCAUCGAUUCUCUCACGGCCACCGGCGUGAAGCUGCUGUGAACGGUGGUAGCCGAUCAUCAGUAGCUGAUUUCCACCGGCUGUUUAGUCCUGACAUAUGGCAGUUGUUCUUGAAGUGAAGUGCAGAUAAAUAGUGCCUUCAGGCUUAUGAUGUUUUCAGUUUAGCUUCCCCGUGUCGAUUUCGACUUCUCGAACCUGUAACUGUCCCAGGCAACACAAUACAGAUCGACAUGUUACUUUUGAAACACCUGCGCUGGGAAUAAUACUGUUACUUGGGAAUCACGUUGUUGGAUUCCAAGUCUUGAGACU